CUGCUUUGUCACCCCUACACACUGCUUGUCGCGUCGGAAAAUGAAAGUCGGGAAGGGAUAUGUCUCCGUGUUUAAUUUGUUAAAAUACAUAAAAUAUAUGUGUAAUUCUUAAAAGUAUAUAUAUAAGGCGUAGAGUAGUUACUGGGCGCGGUGCUGGGUAAAAAACAUAAGUCGACAACGUUCACGUCGCCGUUCGUCGCUCAUAUGCAAAAAUAUAUAAUAAUAGACCUACCAACACAAACAAACACACGGCCAGAAGUUCGUUGGCGUUGAAAGGAAAAAUAAAGGAAAGGAAAAUAAAAGUGCAAUAGAUUCGGUUAACAUUGUGCAAAAAAUCGAAGUAGCCCCUGCCAACAGGGUCUCUAAAAAUAAAGACGGGCGACAGCCUCUGCUUAUCGUUGGAAAUAAACAAAUAACCAGCGGAGAAAUCAUAACAAAAGCGCAAGACUACCAGCAUAAAAGACAAAGGCCCCCCUUUUUGGGGUUGAAAACCCCUCUUCGAAUAGCGGAUGCCGGAUCGCAACGACUAUGCAAUACCCUGAAAUUUAGUUCACAGAGAGAGAGAGAGCUACGAACAAAAUGCCUUGCGACAACGCCAAAACCUCGUCGGAUAUCGAGCAUGUGGACUGGAACUCGGGCCAGCACUAUGCAAAUGUCAGGUUCGGUUCGGGUAGCAGCCAGGCCUCCCAAAACAGCGGCGACAUCUGCCGCAUCUGCCACUGCGAGAGUGAUCCGCAGAACCCGCUGCUCACGCCGUGCUACUGCUCCGGAAGUCUGAAGUACGUGCACCAGGCCUGCCUGCAGCAAUGGCUCACCGCCUCCGAGACGAACUCCUGCGAGCUCUGCAAGUUCCCCUUCAUCAUGCACACCAAGAUCAAGCCCUUCAACGAGUGGCGCAGCCUUGACAUCUCCGGCAUUGAAAGGCGGCGAUUGUGCUGCUCCGUGCUGUUCCAUUGUGCCGCCGCCCUGUGCGUCAUCUGGUCGCUGUGUGUGCUUAUCGAGCGGGCCGCCGACGAUGUCCAACGUGGCCUAAUAGGUGCGGGGUAUUGGCCCUUCUGGACGAAACUGGCCGUUGUCACCGUGGGCCUUACCGGCGGAAUAGUCUUUAUGUACAUCCAGUGCAAGGCGUAUCUGCAUCUUUGCCACCGCUGGAAGGCACGCAACAGAAUUCUGCUGAUUCAGAAUGCCCCGGAAAAGAUCCAUCCCUUGGCACCUCCAUCCCCAGUGGCCGCCCAUCAUCAGCACUUCAGCGAGCCGCUGGCCCAUGCCGGAUCGGCCAGCGGAGCGGUGGAGAUCAAUGCCGGCGGUGCGGCCGGAGGACACUGUGUCCACGAAGCUAGCUGUGCGUCCAUGGAGAACGGAGGCGGCGGUGCGGGUUUGGGCCUACACCAGCAGAUGCAGCGGCUGCUGAAUGCCUCGCCGCAUCAUAUGCUGCAAUUGGCCGCUGAACUGGAGGUGCCCCACAGCAGUAGCAGUGCCUGCACGCAAACAGAGGAUGGCCAUGGCCAUCAGCGGCACCAGCAGAUGCAGCAAGGCGGCCAGCAACUGGGUCAGGUGGCGGUGGCCGCCAACAUCGAGUGCUCGCAGUCACAGCACAAUUACGAUCGUGACUGGGCCCUCGACGACGUCGUCUCUCAGAUCUCCUCAUUCCGGCCCUGCCCCCAGGGAUCGGGCAGCAUGACACCCUUCCACGACUCCAUACACAACGUGCUGGAGCACUCGGAGGGCUCUAGUCGCGGCUCGGCCACGGAUCUGUGUGCCGGAUCACGGCAGGAUCUCAGUGCCAGCGGCAUCUCCACGGACACAGGUCGCGAGCAUGCCCUGCAGCUAAGCAGCUUCAGUGGCAGUGGCGAACACAAGGCGCCCUCGAUCAGCUCCGGAGUGUCGCAUGCGGUGGCCAAUGGACUCGGUGGAUUCGUGUACAAGCCGCACCAGACAAAGCGCUACUCCAACUCGUCCAUCUUUCUGGAGAACCGCGAUGUGCUGAGCGACCAGACCAGCGUGGGUCCGGACACUGCCGUGCAUCCGUACGAUUACAGCACACCGCCAAAGAUCGACUACCGCCAUUCGGGCAUGAUGGGCGUGGACUUGCCCAUUGGCUGCUGCACCACCGACUGUUUGGGUGGUCAGCAGUCGAAGGAGGAGCUGCGCCGCUACUCGGAUCCCAAGCUGAAGCCCGGCGAGGCGGAUACCGUACUGGAUAUCGAUCUGCCCACAUCGCCGCUCUCGCCACCUGCCGCCUAUGCCAGUCAACAGAAGCAUUCGCAUCCGCAUCCGCACCCGCUGGUCAACUCCUCCUCCUUCGACAGAGGCGUGAAUAAGGUUAGCAACAGCAGGAGCAGCAGGGGAAAUGGUGCUUCGGACGCGCACAUGGAUCGAUCGCGGCUCAGUUUCAAGUCGUUGCCAAAUCUCAGCAGCAGUUGCGAAAGUCUCAUCCAGAAGUGAGGGACUAGUCUUGGUCUGAUGUGAUCCACUAUGAUCUGCGCGCUCUCUCUCUGCCCUCUUAACCUUUGACCCUCUGCUCUCAAGUAUUCACCGCUGGUCGACGGAGACCCCAGAUCCACAUAGAACGUAAAAACGAAAUACUAUUUUUUAUACCGCACACCAAGGGGCUUCAAAAGCCAGAUCGUGGCCGGCGGCCAAACAAUCCCUAUGUUCUCCUCUUUAUAAAGCAAAGCCCAUAAACAAUUUGAGACUGCAAUGAUUAAAACAAAACACAAACGACAAAACUUAAGAGAAAUGAAUAUUGUAAUGUUUAGAGCAAGGCAGUUGGCGAAUCUAGAUUUAGUCGCUAAAUCGAUGUAUAAUUUAUCCUGUAUUCGUGUAUCAUCCAGCCUCCGAUCCCACAUGUGUAUGUCCACUAAGUUGUCCAAACCAAAAAGCCCAAAAACCAACCAGAGACAUUAAUUAUUUAGUCCAAGUGUAGGAUGUGUGUUUUGUUUCUUAACUUCUAAGUCAAAUGAAAUUUUAAAAAAUUGAUCUGUGAUUAAGCGUCAUUGAAUAUACAUACAUAACAUGCAUAAAUGCAAGCAAAAACAUAUUGACAGCAGCCGCAGCAGUAGAAAAAAAAUAAAAUUUUUACUUAACAACAAUUAAGAUAAAACCAACAACAGCAACAUGACAACCACUAAAAGCUUUUCGCGGUUAACAGCGAAAGCUCCACGGAGCCAAGAAAUCGGGAUAUAUAUGUAUCUCAAGACCCCGCUGAGAAAUAUGAAUGAAAGCCGUUUUAGAUAUAGACAUAGCAUAAACAGUAACAUACUUAUGAUCGCUACAAGUUACGAGCAUAAACAAAAACGGGCAACUAAAUUUUUUAUUAUGUAUUAAAUAUUUAAAUAAAUAUGUGCAAACAAUUGAUCAAAUUA